AUGGCUUUUAUACAACAAACAUCAUCUCAAUUCUCCUCUUGUUUUGGCGAAAAAACACUUUUUACUACAUCAACAGGAAAUAAUAGUUCGUUUUCCAAUGAGUUGGCUCGCGCACAAAUGUUAUUAGAAUAUCUAAACAUCAAUGAACAAAAAAAGACAAUUAACGAAAACGAAUCCUGCUUUGAUCCCAACACAUUACAUUUUGAAGAUUUCGAUGGCGCAUAUGUCAAAGAAGAGACUGCCGCGGAAUGUUAUCAUCCAUUCCACGAACAGAGCGAUUAUUUCUGUCAAGAAUAUUCAAGUGAUUACUAUUCAGACGGUAAAUCUUCAACUGACGAUGAAAGUCUACACACAAUCAACGAUGACGAUGAUGGUUUUAUGCGUCCUUUCCAUCAGACCAUAAAUUCAGAAUAUACCUGCGAACAUAAAGAUAAUUACGAUUCGUAUGUCUCAAUUGAUGAAUGGAAGAAAAAUUCACUUUAUGACGAUGAAGAGGAGCUCAUUUCAAAUUUUGAAAUGACCUCCCAAAAACGGUAUCGUAUCUCUAUGGUUAUGCAUUACGAGCGACAGCUACGACAAAUGGAACAAGAAAUGGAGGAUCGGUUAAUUGAGCAAGAGGUCUCCGAGUGGAUGAGCUCUUUGGAAAAUUCUACCACCACAGAUUUUGAACAAUAUUAA